GCCAUGCAGCUCCGCCUCCUCUUCUGCCUGGCGCUCCUGUGCCCGCAGGGGCUCAGCCUCCUCGCCCACCACCACCACUCCGGGAGGACAAGGAGGACAGUCCCGGAGCUGCCCGUCGUCACCACGGUGGCCUCUAGUAACAGGAACUUCACCUUCGACCUCUUCAGAGCCUUGGCGGCAGCCAGCCCCAACCAGAACAUCUUCUUUUCUCCUCUGAGCAUCUCCAUGCUGCUGGCCAUGAUCUCGCUGGGGGCUCGGUCCAACACGAAGGCGCAGAUCCUGGAGUGCCUGGGCCUUGGCCUCCAGGGUGGCCCGGGGGAGGAGGAGCUCCACCAAGCUUUCCACCGGCUGCUGCAGGAGCUGCGCCAGCCCCGGGAGGACCUCCAGCUGAGCCUCGGCAACGCCCUGUUCAUCAAGCCCGAGGUGCACAUCCUGGACUCCUUCCUGAGCACCAUGAGGACGUUGUACCUGGCAGACACUUUUCCCACCAACUUCCAGAACCCCGAAGAGGCCCAGAAGCAGAUCAAUGAUUAUGUGGCAAAGCAAACUAAAGGCAAGAUUGCGGACUUGGUCAAGAACCUCGACAGCUCCGAGAUCAUGGUUCUGGUGAAUUACAUUUUCUUUAAAGCUAAAUGGGAGACACGCUUCAACCCCGAAUACACCCAAAAGCAGGACUUCCACGUGACCCCAGAAACGGUGGUGCAGGUGCCCAUGAUGAGACGCGAGGACGGGUAUUCCUUCCUCCUGGACAGCAACCUCAACUGCAAAGUUGUGGGGCUCCCCUACCAAGGAAAUGCCACUGCUCUCUUCAUUCUCCCCGACGAGGGCAGGAUGGAGAAGGUGGAGGCUGGACUGAACCAGGAGACACUGAGGAAGUGGCUCAAGAUGUUCACAAAGAGAAAGUUCCAGCUUUACCUUCCCAGGUUCUCCAUUGAGGGCUCCUAUCAGCUGGAGAAAGUCCUCCCCAAGCUAGGGAUCAGAGACAUCUUUACCUCCCACGCUGACCUGACUGGAUUCACCAACCACUCUAACGUCCAUGUGUCCGAGAUGGUGCACAAGGCCACAGUGGAGGUGGACGAGUCUGGAACCAAAGCGACUGCAGCCACGGAGAUAGUGUUUACAUUCAGGUCAGCCCAUAUAGGCUCUCGAAUGAUAAUGUUCAACAGGCCCUUUCUGAUGAUGAUUGUGGAGAACUCCAGGAACAUCCUCUUCCUUGGCAAAGUGAUCCGGCCCUCAGGUGGGGAUCUCUCCUGA